UGAUGUUCUCUGGAGUGGGUACAUAUUUCAGGCUCGAAGGUCUGAUACUCACCCAGCUGCACCUUCAAACCUUCGAACUAUGCCACCGGUACAAGACGAACAAGAAAAGCCUUCGACCUCUAUACAACGAAGGUUUAAACUAAGCAGGGCGUGUGAUCGUUGCCGACGCAGAAGAAUCAAGUGCGAUGAAGGUCAUCCAUGUCAGGCCUGCCAAACCGCCAAUUCACCUUGCACUUUCGAAGAGCCGGGUAAACGUAGUCACCCUCAUAAGUCAAAGCGUACAGCUACCCUGGAGGACAGGAUGCACCAACUAGAAACCCUCAUUCAAGCUAUCCCACCGUCGGUCUUCUCUACCGGUUUCAGUGCGGCACCACAUCCCACCUCUGAACCUGGAUCGUCGAGCCCGUUAACAACAUUUGCUUCUGCAAACCAUACAUUUCCAUCUGGUAUUCCACCCCCAUCUCUGCACAGUUACCCUUUGACGAAUCCCUCGACGCAUUUCACGGCACAACUACCUAAUGGCUCUCGGCAGGAGAGCCCUAAUACGAUUUUUCGUUCCAUGCUAGCACAAGCAUCGCUCAGGCAGAACAGUCAUGGAUUUGAGCAACCCCCAGAAGAGCCUGCACGCAUUUCCCAUUCCGCGUCAUAUCUUUACUUUGACCACGAAGGUUACACACGGUGGCAGGGAGAAACGUCUGGGCUUCCACUUCUCGAUCUGCUGCUUGAAAAUCAUACGCUGGUCAAGUCUGAGACGGACAGAGUUUCCUCGGACUCGGCAUGGGGACAACAGGCACACAAUCCAACGUGGUUCCCUGACCGUACGCCAAGACGGACGGACGUUAACCCAGAAAUGCUAUGGCGACUUAUAACUUCAUCCAUCGUACCGGAUCUAAUGGACAGCUUGGUGCAGUGCUAUUUGUGCACGUCCUAUUAUCUCCUCCCGUUUUUGCAUGUGCCUACCUUCCUAGCGGACUAUGGCGACCCUCGGAAAUGGGGUGAACCCGGUUUCGCCUCUUUCAUAGUUGCUGUCUGUUGCCUGGCCUCGCGCCACAUUGAUGAUCCUCGUGUGCGGUCGGACCCAAGCGAAGGCGUGUCCGCUGGAACGCAAUGGUUUGAACUUUUUGGACGGCUUCGCACCCUUCCAAUUGCAGAUCGACCCACGCUAUACACUAUUCAGGCAGACCUUAUUGCCGCUGUCUACGCCGUUGGACUCGGAAAACUUUCAAAAGCUGCCGCUCUCUUAUCAGAGGCCGUUACCGUGUCAAUAGAUGCCGGACUGCAUCGUUCUGCCCAUACUUAUGAUCUUUUCGACCCAAUCGAGGACGAGGUCCGGAAACGCACAUUCUGGUGCGUAUAUAUCUGGGACAAGCAACUCUCAGCACACUUUGGCCGGCCCCCAAUGGUUCGUGUGCGGGAAUGUGACGUCGGCGAACCCACCAUCAUCGACGAUGAAUUUAUUACCCGCGACGGGAUCUUGUCACAGCCUGCUGGAACAGAAAGCCGCAUGAGUGCUUUCGUCACCAUCAUCCGAAUCAUGAUCGUGAUGGAGUCAGUCCUGGACAUCCCCCCUUCGCGUCACCGCUCGGGGACCUCGUCCCCGUUCCUCUUGCGCGCACUGAGUAUACUUUCGGAGCGCAGACGACCAAAAGACAUGGUUGAAGAGGAGACCCUGCUGGACGAGAUCUAUCGAUCCAUACCCACGUACUGGAGCCAUACGUCGGAAACGCUUUCAAGUGACGAUGUUCUAAGAGUCACUCAGGCGGUCCGCCUCCACUGCGCGGAGCAAUAUGUACGUAUGUUGAUUCACCGGCACCGGCUGUCCAGCUUCGUGGCGGAGAGGGUUUAUAGCGGCUUGUCAGAAGAGGAACCCAGCGAAUUUGAGCGGGACGCCAUGACGGCAGCGCAGUCGUGUGCAUUGCAGAUCAUCUCGUCACACAUGCAAGUCGCCGCGAAGGGGUUGAUGACGUACUAUGGCGUGCACGUCAUUCAUCAGCUGACUCAGGCCGGGAGGACGCUGGUCGCUAUCGUUAUCAACUGUAAGUCUGAGAAGCUCCAGAGAGUAAUGCAGCCUGCCCUUGAGGGAAUACGGUCAUGUGUUGCGCUUCUCAGACGCUUCAGUGGGAGAUAUGUUUGCGGUCAGAGGUCAGGAGAUGUCAUGGAAGAAUUCUGCCGUUUGACGCAAAUCCCUCUGGAGCCAACGCGCCUGGACAGCCAGGAACAGUCCCAAAAUCGUCCCCCGUGGAUACGACCGGUCCGCAAGAAGGCACCAAGUAUGACGAAGCCCGGCAGCGAUGGUGGUUCUCACCACAGUAGUCCGGAAUCUUUCUCCCCUUCGGAAUUCUUUACAGACCACCCUGGUCUCGCAAGCCCGCCGACUAUGAGUCAGGCGUUCUCUCCUCCAACGCCGAACUCACUUCCAUCUGCUUCACCCUAUGGGAUGAGUAAUCGGCGGAUAUCGCUCUCCGCACCUUUAUAUAUGGACUCGCAAAGUAGCCUGGACGUUGAUCCAACUUCAUACAUGCCUGCACCUGGGGACGUGAUGAGUAUAUUCAACGACGCGGGUGUUGAAGUGCCCCCACCGUUCUCGACCGACUUUAACAUGGCCUCAUUACCACCAGACCACGGUGAAUCUCUCUAUCGGCGUAUGAACGGGGGUAACAAUUUGGUAAAAAGUCCCUAGGGAGGGGUUUAGUUCGGAAACACAUACAUUGUAUACCAUUCAAGGGCUAAGGGCUAACAGACUCUAGAGGACUGUAUUCUAGCCACCUGUAUCAAUCUGAGCAUGCUUUCUAUCGAUAUCCGCCACUAUGAGGUUUGUCCUGAAAGAUUUGGCGAUAACUGCAAACAAGUACCGUUUGCGCGAUCUGGUCACAUUGUUUUUUAUCGCGAUGCUGUACAGUUGAGCAUUAUCAACCACGCGGUACCGUAGAUGGUCGCGUUCGAUAUCCC